UUUUGAGCUAAAGGAACAGUAAAUAAAGAAGAAGAAAACAAGUCUCUUUUAACUAUGAAAUUUCAGAGGUUUCUUUCACUUUUCGUAGUUUUAUUAGCUUGCUUUGUUUGUUCAUCUCAUUGCUAUACUUUCUAUGUUGGUGGCAAAGAAGGCUGGGUUUUGCAUCCUAAACAGAAGUAUAACGACUGGGCCGGUAAACAGAGGUUCCAAGUCAAUGAUGUACUAACUUUUAAAUAUGAGAAAGGAUCAGACUCUGUUUUGCUGGUGAAGAAAGAUGGUUACUACAAGUGUGAACGAAAGCAUCCUUUGAUGGAAAUGAGCAAUGGAACUUCGGAGUUCAAGUUUCCUCAUUCGGGUCCUUUCUACUUCAUUAGUGGCAAAGAGAAUCAUUGUUCAAAGGGUCAAAAAAUGAUCGCCGUUGUCAUGGCGGAUAGACACGGUACUCCGUCCACACAUCCACCACCCAUUAAGCCUCCAGGGAAAUCGCCAUAUCCGGGACCGGCUCAGUCACCCGAGCACCGUGGCCCUGUUGCUCCAAGUCCGCCUUCUUCGGUCCCCACAGGCUCACCCAUGGCUCAUGUUCCUACGCCAUCUACUCAUCAUGCACCACAGUACGGUCCGACGCAGUCCCCGGUGGCUUAUGGUCCUAGUGCAAACCCACCUACGUCAACAUCUCCUUCUCCAUCUUCUUCAACUCCAGCCGGUUCAUCACCGGCACCAUCUACGGGUUCGGGUUUAAGUCCACCGGCACCUCCACAAGGUAUUUCUCCUUCUACUACAACUUCGCCGACCGGAAGUCAAACCAGUACCCCGCCCAACGGGUCAUCUGCCACAGAGACUUAUUCCAGUGUACUGGUGCUAGCUGCUAGCGUCUUGUUUAGUAUGAUCAUUUAGGAGGCUUUUGGGUGGAUUUUAGAAAUGUUAAAUAAUUUUUGUAAUUUUCUUUUUGAAAUUUUAUAGGUGAUUUUUCUUUUUUU